CCAGAGGGGUUCCAACAGAUGGAGGGUGUCUGGAACCAACACACAUGCUUACUUCAUCAGAGAGACACUGGAGCAGGUACACCUGGCCACAGCAGCGGUUCACCUAUUAGCCUGCUGGCCUGCGUGUUCUCCGCGGGGAUUGGGCUGUGGGCUGUCGGCAACCAUUUCCUCACCGCAGACAUCCCUGCAGCCGUUGGCCACCCCGUGAAACUUCAGGUCCUCUGUUGCUUCUUCCAGCUGUUGGUGACACGGCUCGGAGGAUCAGUGAUGGGCAAGAGAAAUAAAGUCCCAGACAAGAGUCGGCCUGCAGGGAGUUUGGACACUCGUGGCGGUGGGAGGUAUUCUGCGAAAAGGUCCACGAGCUUCACUAAAAGCCAAAAUGGCCUUGGUACAGAAAGAGGGACGAUUUUUGAGAAACUGAGAAUCUGUUCUACGCCCCAGUUUGUCCGUUUCAUUCACGAUCUGGCGCCGCUCAAGAAGGAUCCGGACGGGAUAGUCAAGGACCUGUGGUACGGGACGAUCCCCGUGAAGAUGUACCAGCCCAAGGCGUCCUCAAGCACCCGCAGGCCUGGCAUCGUGUUGCAAGGCGGCGGGGGCAUCGUAGGGAGCUUGAAAACUGACCAUGGCUUAUGCUGACAUUUGUGCAAAGAGAGUGACUCAGUGGUUCUAGCAGUUGGGAUGCUCAAGCAUAGGUUUCCGGUGAUAGUAAGAGACUCCAUGGUGGCUACCAUCCACUUCUUGAAGUCCUUGAAUACAUAUGGGGCAGAUCCAGCCCGGGUCGUGGUCUGUGGUGACAGUGUGGGUGGGGGCAUGGCAACAAUAAUUUGUCAAAACCUUGUGGACAGUUCUGAUCUCCCCAAGAUCCGUGCUCAGAUCCUGAUCUACGCUGCUCUCCAAGCCCUGGAUUUCCAGCCUCCUUCUUAUCAGCAGAACAAGAACGUUCCACUGCUCAGGCAGAAUUUGGCCUUCUACUGUUGGUGUGGUUACCUGGACAUCAGCCCCUCCUGGAAAAGCACCAUAUUGAAAGGAGCCUACUUGCCUGCCGAAGUCUGGGAGAAGUACAGAAAGUGGUUGGGUGCAGAAAACAUUCCGGAGAAGUUUAAGAAGAGAGGCUACAUGCCCCAUGAGCCCCUGAAUGAAACUGCCUAUCUGGAGACAAACAUCAUUCUAGAUUUGACGAACUCACCCCUGAUUGCAGAUGCUGAAGUAGUGUCUCAGCUCCCCAAAGCUUGCAUCAUGAGCUGUGAGUAUGAUAUUCUCCAGGACCAUUCGCUGUUGUACAAGAAGAGGCUGUAGGACCUGGGAGUCCCAGUGACUUGGCAUCACAUGGAGGAUGGUUUUCAUGGGGUGUUGGUCACCCUUGACCUGGGCUGCUUGUACUUGCCCUGCUCCACGAGGAUUCUGAAUGCUGUGGUCCAUUUUAUAAAGGAGUUGUGACCAUCUUUCCUUCCUGCUGCAGUUGCAAGCGUGUGAAUUCUGCCAUCAUCCAGUUCCCAUUGGAGCUCCUUGUUGCUGAUGUAGGUGAUUCUGAGUAGGGCUGGGGAGAGUGUUGAGGAUGCCAUCUCCUCUUGCUUCAGGUUCUAGAAUCCUAGAAUGCAUGUUUCUGAUAUCUAGAAGGAGAGCAGUAGAAGAGACAGGUUUGGGAGGAGGGUGGGGCUCUCUAGCCAUGUUCACUGUAGGGAAAAUUUGAGCUGACAUUCUUCAGUGACCAUUUGCAAGAGUGAAUGAGCAUAUAAAGACUGCUCAUGGCCUCCCCGAGGGAGAGUUCAGUCUGCUCAGGCUGACCAGGCUGUGGGCAACAGGAGUGUCUACUUGGCUGGGCCUUGGAAUAACCCAGAAACAUCAUGGGCAGUCUCAUGGGCCUCUUCCAAUCUGGCUCAGAGGGCAGGGCUCUGAUGUCCUAAUGCUGGGUGGAUGUGGAGAAACUGGUCUCACCCUCUUCCUCUGGGUACACGGUGACACUUCUCCCGCCGUUCUUCUGCCUCUGAGCUCAGAGUCUCAACUGCUGGGCUGGAAGAGUGAAGACGGAUUGGGUAGGUUUUCCAUGAUGGUGGACACCUAGUGGCACAUGAAGACUGGAGCCAUCUGACUGACGGAGCUCUGGAGCUCUUGGAGUCAAAGUCAGGCUUCCAACCAAGGCCCCGGAAGCAACAUGUUCGAGGACCAGAGUCCAGAGGGAAGCUGAGUCCCGAGUCAGAGACCCAUGAAGACAAAGUCUGACCAAACUCAACCAUGUCCACAGUGGAAAUCAAAGGAGGGCCCAAAGAACUGAAGACGUGUUAGUGCGAACUGUAUCUGUUUUAAGACACAGAACCAACUCAAACUGGCCUAAAUCAUAGAACGUAUUGGCUAAUGUAGCUACAAAUUCCAGGGAUAAAUCAGGCAUGGUUUGAUCCAGGAACUCAAACAGUGUCACCAGCUGCCUUCUCUUCUUUUCUCUAGUCUAUGCUCUUCUGUGUGAACUUCACCUUCCUCUCUCUAUACUGUGGCCCUGAGUACCUCCAUGCUUGUAUUCUCCCAGAGUCAAAUCCAUUAUUAAUGAACUUGCCUAAUUCUCAGCAGUCCCAGUGGAAAUCACAUUGCAACCCGAUGACUUUCUUGGCUUUCUGAGUGGUGUACCUAGUUGCUAAAACCAAGAGGAUGGAAUGUUAUGACUGACUAGCCCCAAGUCCCAUGUCAUCCCUGGGGUGGAAGGUGGGGUCAACUCCACCUGGUGCUUGGAUGGGCAUGGAGGAUGGAGUGAGUACUCCCUCACAUUAACACUUACUCCACUAUACAAGCUAAAUUGAAGCCUGAGUCAAGGCCCUUGAAAGUGGCAAGAGAUGUCAAGGACCACUGGGCAAGUUGACCACCUGCCACUUAGGAAUAAAAAUUCCUUUGAAAGGGAUGGCCCAGGCUCUCAUGCUGGCCCCAUCUGGCCUUCAGGAGGCUCUGCUCCUGGUUGGCCAGUGGCUUUUAUAGGCCAAUAUCCAAGUCUACUGCACAAAGGACCCCAUGUUUGCCCUUACCUUGCUUUCAGUUGAAAGUUCAUGCUGAAACAUGGGACAGAGAGGAAUCCCAUUGGAUGGCUUCUUGGUCCAUUCACAGCAGGAGGACCGGCUUUGUUGGAGAAAUAGGAACCACUCAUUGAAAGCACAUAUUUUGGUGGCCACUCAGCUGUUGGGGAGCACUGUCCCUUCUGAGACAGGCCUCCGAGUUGAGUCUGGGUAGGUUCCCCUCCUGGAUUGUUGUCUUGAUUCACCUCUGCCUCUGGAGAUAGGUAGAGGGACAUGAGCUGGCCUUCUGGAAAUUUGGGUGGUCAGCUCUUCUUCAGUGGGGUGGUGAGGAGUGGGUGAGCCACAGGAAGAUGGUGCCCAGUGGAGAUGAGUGGGUUACACUUUAGUGUCUGGAAGAACUGUUGGGUGGGCUCAUUUCUGAAGCUGCUUCCUUCUGCAGACCAUGGGAGAGAUAAAGCACUUUCACCCCCAGUGGCUGGUUUGAUCUGGAGACCCAGCGCUCAUCUCUUCUCCUUUACCGAUUCAUUGCUAUCCUUCCUGCAGCCCGUUAUGAGGCUCAGGGAAUGGAAAAGGGAUAGGAAUAAACGUUCACUGAGAGCCAGCUGCAUGCUAGACGCCAUACUGGGCUGUUUAAAUCUACCACCUCAUUGUGAGAAACAGAUGUGCUGGGUUGCUGCCUAAGCAUUUUAUAGUACGACAGCCCUGCUCACAUCCAGAGUCUGGACAUCUUGAUAAAGACCCGAGCUUAGGAUUCCUACCACAAGUUCCUGCUUUGCUUUGCCCUGGUCACCUUUUAAAAUAACCACUUAGAGUUGAGCCUGUGAAAAGUUAGUGACCUCCACCCCAGUCACCUUAGAAGGAACAGGUGCUUGCUUGCUGCCCUGCUGGC